AUGUCUGCAAACGUGCUCGUAAUCGGUGGUGGAGGCAGGGAACAUGCAAUUUGUUGGAAACUAGCAGAUUCUCCAUUAAUUUGUAAAAUAUUCUGUGCGCCCGGUAGUGUCGGUAUAUCAGCGACGAAGGAAAAUGUUGAAAGUGUGGAUUUGAAUAUUAAAGAUUUUCCGGGUGUAGCUAAAUGGUGCAAAGACAAGUCUAUUGAUCUCGUCAUCAUCGGACCCGAAGAUCCUUUAGCUAAUGGCAUUGUAGAUGUCCUCGAACCAGCCGGCAUCAAAUGCUUCGGACCCACGAAAGCCGGUGCACAGAUAGAGGCCAAUAAAGACUGGUCCAAGAAGUUUAUGAACAAAUAUCAAAUACCAACGGCCAGAUACCAAUCAUUCACAGAUGCUGAGGCUGCUAAGCAAUUCAUUAGGAGUGCACCAUUUAGAGCGUUAGUAGUGAAGGCAUCUGGUUUAGCGGCCGGUAAAGGUGUUGUGGUAGCGAGUAAUGUUGAUGAAGCUUGUGCAGCGGUGGAUGAGAUCUUAACUGAAGCCAAGUAUGGAUCGGCCGGCCAGGUUGUUGUGGUUGAAGAACUGUUGGAAGGGGAGGAGGUUUCGGUGUUGGCAUUCACGGAUGGAAGUACGGUGUCUGUGAUGCCCCCCGCGCAAGAUCACAAGCGUAUCGGCGAGGGGGACACCGGACCCAACACGGGAGGCAUGGGGGCAUACUGUCCUUGCCCGCUCAUCACACCCGAACAACUGGCUGAUGUUAAAGACCAAGUGUUACAACGAGCUGUGGACGGAUUGAGGGCUGAGGGGAUCAAAUACGUUGGGGUCCUCUACGCUGGUCUGAUGGUGACAAAGGCUGGUCCAAUGACCCUGGAGUUCAACUGCCGCUUCGGAGACCCGGAGACGCAAGUCCUCAUGAUGUUACUGGAAUCGGAUCUAUACUCCGUCGUUAAGGCGUGUGUGAGUGGUACGUUGAAGGAAACUCCGGUCAAGUGGAACACAUCGAUGUCAGCCGUGGGAGUGGUGAUCGCCUCCAAGGGCUACCCUGAGAGUUCAACCAAGGGUUGUGUCAUAAGCGGUCUAUCCCAAGUAUCUAGAGAAGACGUAGUGGUAUUCAUGAGCGGCGUAUCGCGUGGAGCUAAUGAUUCCCUGGUCACGGCUGGAGGUAGAGUGCUGCUACUAGCAGCAAGGAGGGCCGACUUGAGGACUGCCGCUGCUGCUGCCACACGAGCAGCAUCCGCCGUGGACUUCCCCGGGAAACAGUACAGGAAGGACAUAGCUAGGCGGGCCUUCUGCAAAAUGAAUGGUCUAUCAUAUCUGGAGAGCGGUGUGGACAUUGAAGCGGCAGCAGCCUUAGUUCGUCUGAUGGAGCCUCUAGCCACGGGGACCCACAGACCCGGCGUACUUGGACGGCUGGGCUGUUACAGCGGACUGUUCCAACUGGCGGCCGUUGACCCUGGCCUCACAGACCCCGUACUGGUCCAGGGAACCGACGGCGUUGGGACUAAGGUCAAGAUAGCGGAGAUUAUGCAGAAGUACGACACCAUCGGCCAGGACCUAGUCGCCAUGUGUGUGAACGACAUCCUGUGCGCAGGCGCAGAGCCCUUCGCUUUCCUCGACUACUUAGCGUGUGGCCGGUUGCAGCUUCACACUUCCACCACCAUCGUUAAAGGAAUCGCUGACGCUUGUGUUCUAGCCGGCUGUGCUUUGUUAGGGGGAGAGACAGCAGAAAUGCCUAGUAUGUACGACGUGGGCAAGUACGACUUAGCCGGGUUCGCGGUGGGCGUGGUUGACAACUUGAAGCAGCUGCCGCGGUUGAACGAGAUACGGCCCGGGGACGUGGUGUUAGCGCUGCCCUCUACCGGCGUACACAGCAACGGGUACAGCCUUGUACAGCGGAUUAUGGCUGAGAGUGGACACAGUUUCUACGAGAAGGCUCCGUUCAGUAAAUCCAACAAGAACUUCGGCGAGGAGUUCCUGGAGCCGACCGGUAUCUACGUGAAGGCCCUCCUGCCGGCCAUCAAGAGGGGCCUCGUGAAGGGCCUCGCGCACAUCACCGGCGGGGGCCUGCUCGAGAACAUCCCCCGAAUACUGCCGCCUGGAGUCCGGGUCAGACUUGAUGCUACCAAGUUCCAGAUUAACCCUAUCUUCGGCUGGCUGCAAGCUAAAGGUAUGGUAUCGGACUUCGAGAUGCUCCGUACGUUCAACUGUGGUGUAGGAAUGGUGGUGAUAGCGGACCCGGUGCUGGUGAGCGAGCUGGUUGCGGCGGUUGACGGCACCAUCAGUGUGGUGGGACAGCUUGAAGACACCAGGCUCGAAGGUGGUCAGCAGGUGAUAGUGGAGAACUUCCAGCAGGCCAUGUCUCCGCUGACCUCGCCCUACUCGUCCGGUACUCCGAUACAGAAGUCACUCUCAUACAAGGACAGCGGGGUCGACAUCGAGGCUGGGGACUCACUCGUCUCACUCAUAAAGCCAUUGGCUAGAUCAACAUCUCGUUCCGGGGUCCUAGGAGGUCUGGGAGGCUUCGGAGGAUGUUUCCAGCUGAAGGCUGUGGAGCAGGAGUAUAAGGACCCGGUGCUAGUAGUGGCAGCGGACGGCGUGGGCACCAAGCUGCGCGUGGCUCAGAAGAUGAACCGCCACACGACCAUCGGCGUGGACCUGGUGGCCAUGUGUGUGAACGAUAUCCUGUGUAACGGAGCCGCGCCGCUCACCUUCCUCGACUACUUCGCGUGCGGCGCGCUAGACGUGACCGUGGCCAGGGACGUGGUGGCGGGAGUCGCUGACGGAUGCAAGCAGGCCUCCGCCGCGCUCAUCGGUGGUGAGACAGCCGAGAUGCCGGGCAUGUACGAAGCGGGAGUGUAUGACAUCGCAGGGUUCGCGCUAGGAGUCGUGGAGAGAGACAACAUACUGCCUAAGAUCAAUGACAUUAAUGUGGGUGAUAUAAUAAUAGGUCUUCCAUCAAACGGAGUUCACAGCAACGGGUUCAGUCUCAUUCACAGUCUGAUGAAGAAGGCGGGUUUGAGUCUACAAGACAAGGCGCCCUUCAGUGAAGAAGGACUUACUCUAGGCCAGGAGCUAAUCAAGCCGACCCGUAUCUACGUCCGCAGCGUGUUGCCGGCUCUGCAGCGCGGCGUGGUGAAGGCGGUGGCUCACAUCACGGGCGGCGGACUCAUGGAGAACAUCCCGCGGGUCAUGCCGGACUCGGUGCGGGCCAGGCUCAACGCGCACUGGUGGAAAGUACACCCUGUGUUCGCAUGGAUCGCGGAGACCGGCGAGGUCAAGAACGACGAGAUGCUGAGGACAUUCAACUGUGGCAUCGGACUGGUGCUGAUAGUGUCUCCCGAACACCAGGCAGAGGUGAUGAAUAUAACUCGUUCUCACGGCGCGAUGGUGAUCGGCUCCAUACAAGCUCGCCCCCCGGGCGGCGCUCGCGUGCUCGUUGACAACUUCACCUCCGCCCUAGACUUCACGAGACGGAUGCCGCAUCUCACUAAGAAGAGGGUGGCGGUGCUUGUAUCAGGUAGCGGCAGUAACCUGCAGGCGCUGAUGGACAGCUCGGCGGACCCUGGACAGUGUAUGUGCACGGAGAUAGCGCUCGUGAUCAGCAACAAACACGACGCGUACGCGCUAACACGGGCAAGGGACGCCGGGGUCAAUACACUGGUGUUGAGCCACAAGGACUACCCGAGCCGCGAGGACUACGACCGCGAGCUGAGCGGCGCCCUGGACGCGCAUAGAAUAGACAUCGUGUGUCUGGCCGGCUUCAUGAGGAUACUCACGCCCGGAUUUGUUAAGAAGUGGAAGGGCCGCCUCAUCAACAUCCACCCGUCGCUGCUGCCGGCUCACCCCGGUCUGCACGCGCAGAGACAGUGUCUACAAGCCGGAGACAAGGAGUCGGGCUGCACCGUACACUUCGUUGACGAGGGUAUGGACACUGGCCCAAUCAUACUCCAAGAACGUGUACCAGUGAUGCCUGGAGACACGGAGCAGGCUCUAAGCGACAGGAUACUGUCAGCUGAACACCGCGCCUACCCUCAAGCGCUAAGGUUGCUAGCUACAGGCCGUGUAAGGCUGCAUGAAGACACCAUCAUAUGGCAUUCAUGA